GAAAGAAGCAAAGAGAAGAAAAAAGAAGGAUAAAAAAAAAAAAAAAACUUGUGUGUCAAUUGGUGUGUUUUAUGUUAAUGUGGAUUUAUUGUAAAAAAAAAAAAAUUCUUCUAAAUCAUCCAUAAUUAAUUUUGUAAAACAAAAUAAUAUAAAGCUUAAAAAAUUGAUAAACAAUAAUAUAUUUAUAUAUUUAUUAUCAUAUAACCUGAUCUUGAUUUUCAAUAAAAUGGCUGGUGAACAACAACAAUUUUUCCUAAAAUGGAAUGAUUUUCAAUCAAACAUGGUAUCAUCAUUUAAGCAUCUACGAGAUGAAAAAAGUUUUACAGAUGUUACACUUGCUUGUGAUGGACAUACAUGUAAAGCACACAAAAUGGUAUUAUCAGCAUGUAGUCCAUACUUUAAAUCACUUCUUGAGGAAAAUCCGUCCAAGCAUCCAAUUAUUAUUCUUAAAGAUGUAGCUUAUACUCAUCUUCAAGCUAUUUUGGAAUUUAUGUAUGCUGGUGAAGUCAAUGUUUCACAGGAUCAACUACCAGCAUUUUUAAAAACAGCUGAUAGACUCAAAGUUAAGGGACUUGCUGAAGCGCCGGGUGCUAUUAAAAGAGAAGGCUAA